AUGGAGCAAAUAAUGUCUCUAAAAAUUAAGGAUAUCUAGUAAAGAUAUAGGAAGAGUAAUAUACUAGGUCGAGGAGGCUAAGGAAACGUCAUAAAGUAUGAAGAUCUUGAACAAAAUCUAAAAUCAGUGGCAAUAAAGAUACAAAGCUUAGAUGGAAUGCUUGAUUUGAUCAAGAGCUCUAUCAUAAAGCAGCAUGUAUGCACUUGGUGUUAAUAACGAGAUCGGUGUGACCAUUGUAAAAAAUGCUAAUCUAACUAACAUAAUUCGCAGUCAGUGCCAUUGAAUGACUAAAAAUUCAAGGAAUAAGUGGCUGAAUCUAAACAGAUUUUAACUGAGGAAAUACUUCGAAUGCUUAGAGAAAUUUCAACUGUUCAGCUUAAGCAUCUGAAUAUAGUCGAAAUAUAUGACUCUUUUCUCUCAACUGAAAGCUAAUUCAUCACCAUAAGUGAAUUAGCUGAACAAGAUCUUGAUAAAUAUGUUAAACUUCGAUUUGAUCAAAGGAAUUAUCUCACAUGCUAAGAAGUUUCAAUGAUCUUUUUAUAAAUUCUUAAUGCUCUAGAGUACAUUCAUGAUAAAAGCUUCAUUCAUAGAGAUAUCUCUCCUUAAAAUAUCCUUGUUUUCGAAGAUUUAAGUAUCAAGAUUUGUGAUUUUGGAUUCGCAUCUCACGGCUAAUAUACACAAGCAAAUGUAGGAAAAUAAGAAUAUAUCGCUCCUGAAGUUUCUCAUUUUGAAGGCAAAAACUAUAACAAUUCUAUUGAUAUAUGGUCCCUGGGAAUAUUGCUUUAUUACCUUUGUAGCGGAUAAACAAAAAGCAAAGGAAUAUAUGUUAAUGAUCUAGCUAAAGAAAAAAAACAUAUUGACUUGCCUGAAAAAUAUUCAUAAUUUCAGGUGAUCUUUGAUUAGAUGCUAGAUUUUGAACCUGAAAAUAGACCAACAGCCACUAAAGUUAAAGAUGACAUCAUGAAACUUAUAGAUUAGGGUGAUUUGGCCUUUUAAUAAUACUAAUAAGAGCUAUAGGCUUACUAACUGAAAAAUCAAGAAAUAAAAAUUAUAAAAUAAGAGGAGGAACUAGAAAAAUAACUUUAAAAAUAUUUCAACAAAGAUAGUAUUUAAUGCAAUAAGGCUUCAUAAAUUUCUAUGUAAAACAUAUAUUAAUCGUUAGAGAAAUAAGCAAGUAUGGUUAGAUCACACUUAGAAAUAAAUGAUUACAAAAAGUUUUACUUGAAAGAGGAAGAAAAGGAAUUCAAAAGUUCAAUCUUCCAUUAAAUCCAAAAUAUUAGUAUGAGUACAAACCCAAAUAUUAAACCAAAAAUUACUCUAAAAAAUGUUAUGAACACUUAAAUAACAAAAUUGAAAAAAAAGAAAAAGUUUUUUUCAAACGAAAACCUGAAAACUAAUAUUUUAGUUGGUUUCUCAAUGCUUUUGGUAAUUUUAUCCUCCUGUGUUAAUCCUUACUUAACUAGCAGAUCCCCUGUGAUAGUAAAUGAUUAAAGAUCCGAUAAAGAAAUAGACAUUUUUAACUUGACAAUAAAAUCGUAGAGUGUUAAUGUUAGUAGCAUAAUAGAAAAAAUUGGAGAGUUUAAUUACGGAUCUAUUGAUAAAAUUCAUCCGAAUGCAAAUAGGAUCUUCGAAAAUUUAAUUUAAAAUGAAGAUUUAAGUAUAUAUCAAGGUGAAUACGAUAAUUAAACUAAGAAAAGAGAUGGAAGAGGAAGAUAUAUUUACAGUAAUGGGGAUAUUUAUGAUGGAUUAUGGAAGAACAAUUUAAGAGAUGGAUACGGGAGACUUUUAUAGAAUGAUAGAAACUACUACAUUGGUGAGUGGAAAGAUGACAAAUUUCAUGGAUUUGGAAAAUAUUAUCACAAUAAUGGAUAUACUUAUGAGGGAUAAUUUAUAAAUAAGAAUAAGGAAGGUUUGGGACUUUAAAUCUAUAAAACUGUUCAAUAUUAUGGGCAGUAUUAGAAAAAUAGAAAAUAAGGUGUAGGUAUAUACAACAAUAACAACGGAGAUAUUUAUCUUGGAUAAUUCAACAAUAAUUAAAUGCAUUCAAUGCAGAUGCUAAUUCCAAAAGAUGGAAGCUAAAUUUAACUACAGAGAUUUGAAAAUGGCAAGUUAAUAGAAACAAUUAUUAAAGUAAACACUACUUUAACUUAGAAAAAUAUUUGA